UGUUGACACAGCAGGUUGCAGCACCAGAAUGUGCAUUAGAAUUUGCAAGGAGCUUAAACUACAAGUCCCACAAAGCCGCUCGCCAGUCUUCACAGACGACAACAAACCCCAUGAUUUUUGAGGAACUUGGAGGAGGAAGAGAAAGUAAACGUAGAAAUGUAAAAGACAAAAAGACAACGGGAGGGAUACAAUUAUAUAUUUUACUGCAUGGCUACAUGUAAAGAAAUAUAAUAAAAAAGUGUAGCUUGGAAAGAGGGCAAGUAACUUUGUUUGUGGCAUUCGACUAACACAAUCAAUCAGGUAGUGGCGGUUCUUUGCGAAAGUAUCAUCACUGAAAUCAUCACCCGAGACUCAGUGGCUCUAGUGAACAAGUCAGGCAGUACAUUGCGUUACGGCGAAAAGUUGUCAUUGUGACCGGCGGGUCUAAAGGGAUUGGUAGAGGGAUUGUCAAAGUAUUUGGUAAGAAUCAAAGUUGCUUUUUGAAGUUAGUUUGUUGGGAUUUGAGCAGAGUGAGGUACUGGUGCAACAAUAAUUUGCUAUUCUGUUGUUUUUUUCUCAGUGGAGAAUGGAGCCAAAGUUGUCUUCUGUGCAAGAGGGGGUGAGUGUCUGCACAUUUCUUAGAUUUUUUUUGCUCAGAUUAAAGUAUACCUUUUCAGGUGUGGUGGAACUGGUGGCUUCUACGGUUGUGGCUAGAUGGAGUACAGCUAUGUACCAAAAGUUGCAUGUUCGAGUUGCGUCGGUGACAACUGUAGUAUUGUAGCUAAGCCUAACCCUUUUCUCCUAACCUGCUACGUUAAUUAUCAUAGCCUGCUACUUUAAUUAUCCUAACCUGCUACGUUAAUUAUCCUAAACUGCUGCAUUAGUUAUCCUAACCCGCUACAUAAAGUAACUUCUUUAUGCUGCUCCAUCUAGCCACAACUGUAGAAGCCAUCAGUUACGAGAAACCAUCAGAAUCACCACACAGGUAUCAAUAAUGUGUCUCAGAAUCUUCAUUCAUCAGUAAUCCAUUGUUGAAGACUUUAUUAGUCAUAAUAAAAUCAAUUUCUACAUCAUCUUUACAUUGCAUAUUCAUAAGUUUACUGUAUUCUUAUUUUUUUGAAUUUUCUUAUUUUUUUAUAGUGGCAGAAGGACAGGCUCUAGAGGCCGAGCUGAACAGGGCAGGGCCAGGGUCAUGCACAUUUGUCCCUUGUGACAUCUCCAAAGAGGAGGACAUAAAGGUAGGGCUUCUGGGCAAUGAUUGAUCUUAUAGAGCAGUGAAAUGAGAGUCAAAUGAUCACUCAUAUGCACACCAUUUCAACAGAGUUUAUAUCCUCAUUCCUCAAUGGAUCACAUGACCUGUGGUUUAUCAGAAUGCUUACUAUUACGUUUUGCAUUGUAAUCUACACUCCACCUAUCUUUAGUCUUUGUUGGAUUAUCUCUGCCUGCGAAAGGACUCUUCUCCACUGAGUUUACUCACAGCUCUAGCAAGCCCCUUGUCCCUCAUUUGAAGGUCUGCUUAUAAACUGCUUAGAAAUCACUAUUAAAGGCCCAGUCGGUCAUUAUUUGAAGCUCUCUUUGUUUCCUGUGCCCUGGUUUCCUCCCAUGUUUUUUAUGCUUGCCUCCCAGACUGAGAGUUCGCUCAUAGGCAUUGAGGUCUGUGCUGACAUACAUUUAUUAAUUAGUAAAAAUGUAUUAAUCAACAAAAACAAAAAAUAUAUAUAUUGGAGUGGACAGAUAGAUGAAGCCACAUCCGACAAUUAAAAUGUAUUAGUGAUCAGACUUUAACACUGCAAGGCGGACGUCCUUCAGUGCGUUUCCAUAAUGUUUUACAUUUACAUUUAGGUCAUUUAGCAGAUGUUCUUAUCCAGAGCAACUUCUGUUUUUUCUACAUGUCUUUCUCAAAGAGCCUUAGCGACACUCCAGCUACCCGUCCAAUCAUCAAUCAUCAUAGUGACAUUGCUAUAACCUGUUUUGUGUGUUUGACUGAGGGACGUGGGUAUGCUUGUAUGUUAUUUUAGUGGUGUGUCAAGCUGGUUUUUCAGCUUAGGCUCUAUGUAGCAAGUUAGGUAGGUACAUAGGUAAUGGGAUCAUAGGUACACAUACCUGGAGAUAGCAAUUAUAAAUGUCUUACAACAGUGUGGUGGUCAAUGACAGAGUGCAGUCAACUCAACGUAUGAUAUUCUCUCUGCAGAGGUUGAUUGCAGUGACAGUGGAGCAUUAUGGUAAAAUAGACUGUCUGGUCAACAAUGCUGGGUGGCGUGAGUAUCUGCUAUAAUUUUGUACGAGAACUGAUGUUGUUAAGGAAAGAAAGAAAGGAAAUUCUAUAUCCACAAAUCAGGUGAUAGGUGGUAUACUAAUCCACGUCCAGGCACUUAAAAAGGCAAGCCGUUAUUUAAACAGGCAUAUUCAAGCAUUAAAAACACAUACACUGAGUGAACAAAACAUUAAGAACACCUUCCUAAUAUUGAGUUGCACCCCCCCCAUUUGCCCUCAGAACAGCCUGGACUCUACAAGGUGUCGAAAGCGUUCCACAGGAAUGCUGGUCCAUGUUGACUCCAAUGCUUCCCACAGUUGGCUGGAUGUCCUUUGGGUGUUGUACCAUUCUUGAUACACACGGGAAACUGUUUAGGGUGAAAAACCCAGCAGCAUUGCAGUUCUUGACACAAACCGGUGCGCCUGGCACCUACCACCAUACCCCGUUCAAAGGCACUUACAUCUUUUGUCUUGCCCAUUCACCCUCUGAAUGGCACACAUACACAAUCCAAGUCUCAAGGCUUAAAAGUCCUUCUUUAACCUGUCUCAUCCACACUGAUUGAAGGAGAUUUAACAAGUGACAUCAAUAAGGGAUCAUAGUUUUCACCUGUAUUUACAUUUACGUCAUUUAGCAGACGCUCUUAUCCAGAGCGACUUACAGUUAGUGAGUGCAUACAUUUUCAUACUGGCCCCCCGUGGGAAACGAACCCACAACCCUGGCGUUGCAAGCGCCAUGCUCUACCAACUGAGCUACAGGGGACUUGUAUUUACCUGGUCUGUACACUCAGUGUAUAUGCGUUGCAGCAUCAAACCGAUCACAUCCUGAUCCUCACACCCUGACAAAGGGGCAAGCCGCAACGCGGAUGUAUUUUUAAUGCUAUACUGGUUUUCAUCGUUUUUUAAGACCUGCAUAAGUUCCUGGAGGUGGAUUUUGAACCACUUAACACUUUUUUGUGUAUAUGAAAUUUAUGUUUUUUUCCCCCUCUUCUAAUAAUAAUAUACCAUUUAGCAGACGCUUUUAUCCAAAGCGACUUACAGUCAUGCGUGCAUAAAUGUUUGUGUAUGGGUGGUCCCGGGGAUUGAACCCACUACCUUGGCGUUACAAGCGCCGUGCUCUACCAGCUGAGCUACAGAGGACCACACAAUUCCCAUACUCCAUAGCCAUUUGGAUAGUGUUUAUGCUGUAUUAAUUGAGUUCCCUCUCUUUCAUCCCCUCUCAGACCCACCUCAUAAACCCACAGAUGACACUACUGCAGAUGAGUUCAGAGAUCUUUUGAAUCUUAACCUCAUUAGUUACUUCCUGGCCUCCAAAGUAAAUCAUUCACUCAUUAUAUUGACUUUACUGAAAGCCUUCAGGUAUAAUGCUUUAUUACUUGUUAUAAGCAUGUAUGAGCCUUAAUAAAGUGUUAUUAUAUGGCUUAUAAUAUGUUUUGUUUCAUCACGGGAUCUCCUCACCUCUCUCCCCUCCUCAGUAUGCCACCUGCGACAGCGCCAGGGGAACAUCAUUAACUUGUCCAGUCUGGUGGGCUCCAUUGGUCAGAAAAAUGCAGCACCAUAUGUAGCCACAAAGGUGAACUAAACGUCUAGAUAACAGUAUGCAUCAGUACUUUAUCCCACAGGCUUGGAGAAGUAGGCCAAACAGGGUUGAUGUGUCUCUUUUCCUCCACAAGGGGGCGAUCAUUGCCAUGACAAAAGCCAUGGCUGUGGAUGAGAGUCGGUACCAAGUGAGAGUCAACUGGUGAGUAGAACUGGCAUCUGUCUCCUUUUACAAACUUUUAUUAUUUUCUACUUCCUUUUUUCUCUUUCCCUCCGUCUGUCCUGUUUUUAAAAUACUUUUGUAUUUUUCCACUUUUUCUCUGAUCUCUAGCUCUGUUUGCUACAGUCUAAAUGUGUAAUCUCUUUUAGCAUCUCCCCUGGUAAUGUGAUGACACCUCUGUGGGAGGAGCUGGCUGGACAGACUGCAGAUACCUUGGCUACCAUUAAAGAGGGAGAGAACGCUCAGGCAAGUGCUCACUGGACAGGAGCCAUACAAGAUAAGAUAUAAGAUGAAAUAUAAGAUCUGUUACAAUGACAUAUUUCAGAAUGCAUUGAAAAGGGAGGGUUGGUAGAGACUUCCUAAUUUCACUUGCAUCUCUCAUCUUGAUGAACCUGAUGCCUUAUCUGUAACAUUCUUCCUAAUCUCCAACAGCUGCUUGGUCGAAUGGGGACAGAAGCUGAGAGUGGGUUGGCUGCUCUGUACCUGGCUGCUGAUGCUACGUUCUGCACUGGGAUAGACCUUCUGCUUAGUGGAGGGGCAGAACUCAACUAUGGCUACAAGAGCCAGGUCCCAUGAGCAGGCCUGUCACUCCGGGCCUAGUGCCUACCUGACCAAUAACAGGACCUGUUCUGUUCUACUGCCAUCCUGCUUGAGAUUAUUGAACCAAUAAUCUUGUUUUAACCAUAGCCACGGGAUGUAGAGGUGCUUGGGGUGCUACAGCACCCCCUGGUGGUGAGAUUGUAACGCUGCAAGAAUUUGUGUUGUUGCAAUAAAAAACAAUUAAACUA